GUGAAAUGAAAUUUAUCUUAUAGAGGGAUCCUUUAGUAAUUAUAUUAUAUAUAUAGACUAAUUCUAAUCGAUCACCUAAUGUUGGUAAUACUAUUUGUAGUAAUAUAAAGUAAAGAUACAUUUUAGACUUAAACUUAGUAAAAUAUAAUAUUUAGACUAAUUCUAUUCUAUCACCUAAUGUUGGUAAAUAUAACUUUUCUAUAAGAAUGUACAAAUAAUAAAAUAAAAUUGCUAAUCACAAAUUUAUUUAAAAAAAGCAUUCCACAAAAAAAAAACACAACGGGUCGUUUCAGGUUCAACCAACCCGACCUGGAACUGCAAACAAAUUUUCGGAUCCGGUUUCGGGUUGUGCUUAACGAUUUCGAUUUUUUCAGGUUUUUUCGGGUUUCGGGUUCAGCUACCCGACCGGAACUGACACCCCUAGUAUAGAUGUAAAAGGUGACUUAUCUGGUGGCUUGUAAACCUCUAUGUAUAUCGCCUCACAUAUUAGUGGUAUUUGAUUUUGUGGCUUGGUUGUACAAUUCUAAUAUAUAAUUUUGGAAGGAAGCCAACUAUAGCUAAGGAAGAGAUCCUCCCCUACAGACGCGUCUAGGUGAGCUCCCUCUUGUUUUGUCUGCUUGUCUUUAAUUUGAAAGGGGUGUGCCAUUAUGAUUGGGUCCAUUGGGUUGGUGUAUACUGUUAAUGUUCAGUACUUGUCUUUAAUUUGAAAGGGAUGUGUCAUUAUAAUUGGGUCCAUUGGGUUGGUGUAUAUUGUUAAUGUUCUAUAUAUGUAUCUCUUUCAAACAGUUUAGUUUACUGCAUACAGUGACCAAGAAAUAGCACUCUAUUUCCAGCCCUUUAAAGCUCGUUGCUUUGGAAGAUGAUGCAUACAAUUUAUUUUUGCUCCUAAAGCUCGUGUGUUUCUCUCUUGCUGGUUUUUAUUAUUAUUCUACUCUCGUGUCCUAUAAUUGCUGGUGUUUCUUUUUUUAAUCGCUCCCUCGAUUGUCUUUUGUCUUUUGAAGGUGCUCUGGCGGCUGGCCAAGUUAUAAAUUGUAAUCAACGAUAGGUUUUGAUGAGUUUCUUUCCUUCCUUCUCGUUCUCUAGCCAUUCGUCGUGAUUAUAGCUAGAAAUGGUGGUUGAUUGGUGUACUUGUGGUUGUGGUGUUGGGUUUUAGAAGGAUUGGAUGUAUGGUCGCCAGAGUCGUGUUGCACAGAGAUGGCAUCGGGUUCGUCGUCGUCAACAAUCCUUUCAUCAUCAUCGAUUUCAUGGUAUGUUUUCCCCGUAUAAUGUCAAAUGGCCACGAAUGGAAGGGAUCGAUUUGGAACGGGCCAUUGUACUAAUUCAUAUCAUGGGGGUAAAGUAGAAAUAAGGUACUAUGAAAUGUGCAACGACAAAAGGGAACAAAAAGGAACAGAUCACUUGCCGACUUUCCAAUGAUUUUUACUUAUUAUUCUUUCUGAUCUCUUCUCUUGUGGACCGUUUUUCUUAUUCUUUUCCGAUCCUUUCUGGGACAAUGAGGGGCUAUCUCAAAGUCAAGCUGAGAGUUCCAUCAGUUUCGAUUUUUCCUUGGUGGAUAUGUGGCGCUCAAAUUUGCUUGCCGAGGAGUUGUCAUUGGCGGAAUGAGACGGUUGGUGUUAUUUUUUCGUCGGUCGGUGACGAGUUUGCAUCGGCUGGUGAAGGGUCUGUUGGUCGUAUACUUGAGGAGAUGGAGAUUGAUAUGAUUUUGUGGAAGAAACUAUCGAAGCUGUGUUUGGGGAACAAGAUGAAAAAAUGACGCAACCUCCUACUUCGAUCCUUAAAGUUUCUAAAUGAAAAAGACACAAAUCAGCUGGUGGCUCUUGUUCGAUAUUCAUGCAUGAAUAAUCCUAGCAAUCAAUACAGUACUGAAGAAUAAUCGGGUCGCGAGAUCAAUAUCGAGUUGGAAUCACUAGGAUCUGAGUUAUUGAAUCUUCGUGUUGCACUGUUCACCGUUGGAAGUUGGCAUUGAAAUUUACAACGAAAAUCGAGUAUGAAUAUCCCAAAUAUACCCCCUAUGUACCUCUCCUCCUUUUGUCUAUUGAACUCUGUUUCAUUUUUCAAAUCAGUUUUCCCAACUCAAUGUUGUUUUCGCGCUGGAAAUCUUACUAAUUAUUUUGUUGCCGUUAAAAUUGAGUGAAAGAUAAGGAAGCGGUAAUAUAUAUUGAUUGUGGAUUUUAUAUGCUUCAUAGAGUAUUUGGUGAUAUAAUUUGGUUGUUCAGGUUGUAUUGCAAGGAGUUUUUGGGUUUCCGGCAGUGGGAUUUUUAGGUGUUUGGUGGUGUUGACGGAGAUAAAUCAAAAUAAUAAGUUUGUACUAUAUAUGUUUUGAUUUUUAAUUCACAUUAUCUACUUAACACUUAACAAUUAUAAUUGUCUGUCAUGUAGGAUAAUUUAACGGAGUUGUACAACCAGUGACCAAUGAUGAAACCGGCUUCAAAGAGAAUGAUUACAAGCAUGAAAAAAUGAGUCUCUCACACAAAAAAAAUGAAUUGAUAAACAAAGCGACCAAACUUGGAAUUUAACCUAUUACUAAAAUUCAACAUUAUGAUAUACUUUGUCUGAAUUUCUUUGAUGGUUCUAUCAAUCAUUUUUUCUCCACUAUUUUAAUAUUUUAACGCAAAUAUCUACAAGAAAUUUUACAUACAUUAUACUACCACCAAUAAUACCUUAACACUUACAAAUAGUGAUAAUUUUUCAAAUAAUUGUGGCUUGAAUAUGUGAUAAAUUUAACUAUUUGGUAUAUAGUGUAUCACAAGUUCUUCCUUUAUAUUUUUGUCAUCUUCAAGCACCUUUACGGGAACCAAGCUAGGGUGAUCAAACAACCAAAUCCAUAGAUACAUCAUACAUGUUAACGCAUCUACUUCUCGGAAAUAAAAUAUAGCUAUAUAAUGACAUUAAUAGUUCAAUAUCAAGAACAAUAAUAGAAAAAGAACCCCAAUAAUUCUCACUUUGUCGUGCCUAAUUUAAUGUGCUUCACUGUUUUUGCUAUUUAUUAAUAUGUAUAACUGUUUAUCUCACUUAGUUAAAGUGAAAAUGACAACUCUUGGACUGUUUCCGCAGAAAGAACAGUUAACCAGUGACGCUGUCCAUUGUUUUAUGAAGUAUUUUCUUUAACAUUACAAUAAUUAAUGGGGAAUUGAGAGUAGUCUAGCAGGCGCUAUAAGACAAGAGAACGAAUCAAUCUCUUAUUUUCUUCCUCUGAAUCUUAUCACCUUUUUUCAAGUUAGACUAUAAAAAGUAUAUUAAGUAGAAGUAAAUAAAGGAAGUAACAAAUACAAAUUAUGGGAGGUGAAUGUCUUGAUUUUAGCUUUUUUGAAUGUUAUCUUUUGAUUUGUCUAGGAAUUAUGUUUUAUCGAGCUCGUGUCAAGGCUGGUUUCUUUCAAAUGUAAAACAUUUUCAAAGUUCCUUUUUGUUAUUUUUCCUUUCAAUUUCUAUUAUAUCCAUCAAAUUGUCAAAAUGUAUGAUAUGAAUUUAAAACUUUAUCUUACAAGUCCAACCCAUGUUAAGAGUUUUUUUUAUGGUAAAUACUAUUAUUAGCUAAAUUUUUCAUACAUUCUAAAAUAUAAGAAAAACCUUUUGAAAUACAAAAAACUAGCCGAACAUUUGAUAGUAUUACAAAAUAACAGUCAUGAUUCAUUAGAGUCCAUUAAUUCUAACGAUAUAUUAGAUAAAUUUAUAGGUAAACUAACACAUCAGCGACAACUCAAUUAAAAAAAGGAUAAAUAUAAUUUAUUAGUCCAAAUUUUCGAAUGAUUAUGUGAACCUUCAAAAUAAAAAAUAUUUGCCAAAUGUUAACUUUCCGUAAGCAGUUUUCUUAGUAAUAUUGACUUAGUAACAUGAUACUCACUUGUGGUGGUCAACAUUCCAAAAUAAAAUUAUCAACGAUAACAAAAAAAUGACUAAUAUCUUGAUGUGUUACAAAUAUGAUUAAUAUUUUUGUAUUUUGAAAGUUUUACCUAAUAAUUUGAAUGGUUUUUCUAAUAAAUUAUAUUUACCCUAUUUUUUAAUACUUUUAAUUAAAUUUAUUUUCUGAUCUUAAAAUAAAAAACUCUAAAAAGAAAAACAAAAAUUUGGAGGGGGUCGUUUCUUCCCCACCGAGACUUUUCUUCUCCCAUUAAUCGUCGUCGUCAUCUCCCUCCUUACCAUCGCUCCUGCUGAUUUGAAGUUUCCAACCUCAAUCAUAGUUGUUUAUCAAUGGAAGCUGGUUAUGAUUAUCCCUCAGCCAAAGCCUCUGGCACCAGGCAGUUCGGCUAAUCCUCUGUUGAGUCUUGAUCACUGGUGAGGCGAGCUUGAGAUUCAUAUCCAAAUCCAAGAAAAAAAUUUCAGGCACAAACAGAUGGCUGAUAAUUUGAUUUUUACAAAAGAUUUGGCUAAUAUUUUAUAUUUCGAAAGGUUAGACUAAUAAUGUAGAAAGUUUGGAAGGUUUGCCUUAUAAAUUGUAUUUAUUUUCUGCACCGAAAAAAUAAAAAUAAAUUGUAUUUAUAAUAAAAGUUAAUAUGUUUC